AUGCACAGUCGCACCAAGUGCUCCAAGCAUCUGAUGCUGCUGGAGGACAAGGAGAAUUGCGGCGCGUACCCGGCCUAUGAGCCAGAUCAUUUCACGUGCGCGGCCCCAGUGGCGGGGAAUAGCCAAAAGGACUGCCCAGACAAGUCCGAUGAGGUGGGCUGUCCCACCUGCCGGGUGGAUCAGUUCAGCUGCCAGUCCGGCGAGUGCAUCGACAAGGCCCUGGCCUGCGAUGGUACCACCAACUGUGACAACGGCCACGAUGAGGUCGACUGCUGCAAGCGGCUAGGAGAAUUUCAGUCUCCCAUCAACAAGAGAACCUGCUGGACAUUGCAUUCGAGGUGCAACGCGACCAAGCUGCGGAUGAAGAUGGAGCGAAAAGACUCUGGACGAGUGUGCCAGGUUACCACCUUCCACAAUGCCGUCUACAAGGACCCCAGGUCCGAAGACGAUACUGCAGCGGAGUAUAAUCCGGUGAAACAGUCCAAGAGCUCGAGAGGCAUCGGGAUCUGUGUGCGUCGGACCAGACAGCUCGCCUACUUGCGUACCCAGCCGCGAGUAAAGUGAGGAGCUCAGUUAAAGGUUGAGCUGGCCAACGAUGUCUGCUGAAACAGUAUCUUCAUAUUAAAAUAACGAAAUAGGAAAUACAAAGGCCUAUACUACGGCUUACACGCAACAUUUCUUCAAAUACCAGCAACAUGGCGACUGUUUUUG